AUGAUCAGCCCAACUACCUCACAGCUGCCCUCCUCCACAGAGGACAUUACAAGAGGGACCAUCAAGGAGGUUACUGACUCCCCAGGCUUAUUAAAGACCACAGAUAUACUGGGCAUAAGCUUGGAAUCUGGGACAACUUCAUCUCCAAAUUGGAAAAAUGGCACAUAUGAGAGAAUAGCCACUUCUGAACCUACCACAGACAAAGAGACAAUUUACCCAUCUACAAACACAGUAGAUAUAACAAACUUCGGCUUGGGGAAGACCAGAGACAUGUUGAGGACGAGUUUGGAAACUGAUACCAGUUUACCCCCAAAUUUGAGGAGUAGCUCAGAUGAGAUGUUUGUCACCACAGAUAUAGAAGCAAUUCAUCCUUCCACAAACACAGCAAUGACACAUGUAGAGACUACCAGUUGUGAACAUGAAUCACAUUCUCCUGUCCUGGCCCCCACACAGCCACCCAAAGCUAAAUCUUCAGUGGUUACCUCCUCCACCAUGUGGGACACUACUGCCCCCACAUCAAUGUCUGGCUCAUCUGAGACUAUAAAGAUUGAGAGAGAGUCAGUAUCCUCUCUGAAUACUGGACUUAGGGAGACAAGUACCUACCAGGAGACCAGCUCUGCUACAGAGACAAGCACUGUCAUUUCCAAUGUGUCCACAAAUGAUGCUACUACUGAGGUCACCAGGACACAAGUUACCUCCUCCAGCAGGAAAUCAAUCCCAAGCCUUGCUCACUUCAAAACUUCUCCAAACACACUUACAGAAAGCAGAACCAGCCCCUCUAUAUCCAUGUUCAUGACAGAAUCUUCGGGAAUGACCAUCACCACCCAAACAGGUCCCCCAGGGGUUACAUCACAGGACACACUUACCUUGGACAUAUUGACCAAGAUCUCUGGGGCAGGGACUCAUUCAACUGUGACUCAGAGUUCUACACACUCAGAGAUGACCACUCUCAGCAGCAGAGGUCCCGAGGAUGUGUCUUGGCCAAGCCCUGCCUCUGUGAAAGAAACUGGCUCUCCAACCUCCCCAGUAAUUGUACCUGCCAUGACAACACCCUCCCCUGAGCCAUCCACAUUACCAGGGAGAAGCCCCUCCUCUCCUACACCUGUGACCUCACUGCUCAUUCGUGGUCUGGGGAAGACCAAAGACACAUUGGGUACAAGUGUGGAACCUGUGUCCAGUUCACCUUCAAGUGAGAUGAGCACCACCAUUGAGAUACUGUCCACCUCUGAAGCCUCCACAGGUACAGAUGCAAUUCAGCCCUCCAAAAACACAGCUGAGACCCACCGGGCCAACACAAUUUCUGGACAUGAAGCACAUUCCUCUGCCCCAGCUGAAUCAGAGCCAUCGAAUGUCACAUCCCCAAUGGUUACUCCUUCCCCCUCUAGGGACACCAGUGUUUCUACAUCAAUGCCUCACUCUUUAGAAACUACAAUGUUUGAGAUACACUCCACAUCCUCUCUGACUCCUCCACUGAGGAAGCCCAGCACCGUCCAGCAGAACAGCACGGCCACAGAGAAAAUCGCCAUCCCUUCCAAAGUACCCACUGAUACGACUAUUGAGAACUCUAGGACCGAACCGAUCUCCCCUAGCAGCACGUCCAUCCCUGGCCCUGUUCAGUACACGUUGUCGCCAGACAUUCCUGCAGGCAUCAUCAGCGGGCCCUCUGCCUCUCCUGUGCCAACAGAAUCUGCAGAAGUCACCAUGACCACCCAAACAGGUCCCAUUGAGCCGACAUCACAGGACCCACUUACCUUGGACACUACAACCAACACCUCAGGGGUAGAGAUCCACUCGACUGUGACUCAGAGUUUUACGCACCCAGAGAUGUCCACUCUCAGCAGCAGAGGUCCCGAGGAUGUGUCUUGGCCAAGCCCUGCCUCUGUGAUAGAGACUGGCUCUCCAUCUUCCCCAGUGAUUGUACCUGCCAUGACAAAACCCUCCCCUGAGCCACGCAAAUUACUAAGGAGAAGCCCCUCCUCUCCUACUCCUGUGACCUCACUUCUCACCCGUGGUCUGCGGAAAACCAGAGACACAUUGGAUACAAGUGUGGAACCUGUGCCCAGUUCACCUUCAACUGAGAUGAGCACCACCAUUGAGAUACUGUCCACCUCUGAAGCCUCCACAGGUACAGAUGCAAUUCAGCCCUCCAAAAACACAGGUGGGAUCAAUGGGGCCAACGAAAGCUCUGGACAUGAAACACAUUCGUCUGCCCCAGCUGACUCGGAGCCAUCCAAUGUCACGUUUCAAAUGCUUAUUCCUUCCAACUCUAGGGACACCCGUGUUAGCACAUCAGUGCCUAACUCUUUAGAAACUACAGUGUUUGAGCUAGACUCCAUAUCCUCUCUGACUCCUGAACUGAGGAACACAAGCACCGUCCAGCAGAACAGCUCAGCCACAGAGAAAAUCGGCGUCCUUUCCAAAGUACCCACUGAUAUGACUACUGAGAUCUCUAGGACCGAACCCAACUCCUCUAGCAGCACGUCCAUCGCUGGCCCUGUUCAGUCCACGAUGUCGCCAGACAUCCCUGAAGGCCUGAUCACCAGGCCCUCUGCCUCUCCUGUGACGACAGAAUCUGCAGAAGUGACCACGACCACCCAAACAGGUCCCAUUGAGGCUACUUCACACGACCCACUUACCUUGGGCGCUACAACUAAUACCACAGGGGCGGAGAUUCACUCGACUGUGACUCAGAGUUUUAUGCAACCAGAGAUGACCACUCUCAGCAGCAGAGGUCCCGAGGAUGCGUCUUGGCCAAGCCCUGCCUCUGUGAUAGAGACUGGCUCUCCAUCUUCCCCAGUGACUGUACCUACCAGGACAACACCCUCCCCUGAGCCAUCCACAUUAUCAGGGAGAAGCCCCUCCUCUCCUACUCCUGUGACCUCACUUCUCAACCGUGGUCUGUGGAAAACCAGAGACACAUUGGGUACAAAUGUGGAACCUGUGUCCAGUUCACCUUCAAGUGAGAUGAGCACCACCAUUGAGAUACUGUCCACCUCUGAAGCCUCCACAGGUACAGAUGCAAUUCAGCCCUCCAAAAACACAGCUGGGACCCACCGGGCCAACACAAUUUCUGGACAUGAAGCACAUUCCUCUGCCCCAGCUGAAUCAGAGCCAUCGAAUGUCACGUCCCCAAUGGUUACUCCUUCCCCCUCUAGGGACACCAGUGUUUCUACAUCAAUGCCUCACUCUUUAGAAACUACAAUGUUUGAGAUACACUCCACAUCCUCUCUGACUCCUCCACUGAGGAAGCCCAGCACCGUCCAGCAGAACAGCACAGCCACAGAGAAAAUCGCCGUCCCUUCCAAAGUACCCACUGAUACGACUAUUGAGAACUCUAGGACCGAAUCGAUCUCCCCUAGCAGCACGUCCAUCCCUGUCCCUGUUCGGUACACGCUGUCGCCAGACAUUCCUGCAGGCAUCAUCACCGGGCCCUCUGCCUCUCCUGUGCCAACAGAAUCUGCAGAAGUCACCAUGACCACCCAAACAGGUCCCAUUGAGCCGACAUCACAGGACCCACUUACCUUGGACACUACAUCCAACACCUCAGGGGUAGAGAUCCACUCGACUGUGACUCAGAGUUUUAUGCAACCAGAGAUGUCCACUCUCAGCAGCAGAGGUCCCGAGGAUGUGUUUUGGCCAAGCCCUGCCUCUGUGAUAGAGACUGGCUCUCCAUCUUCCCCAGUGAUUGUACCUGCCAUGACAAAACCCUCCCCUGAGCCACGCAAAUUACUAAGGAGAAGCCCCUCCUCUCCUACUCCUGUGACCUCACUUCUCACCCGUGGUCUGUGGAAAACCAGAGACACAUUGGGUACAAGUGUGGAACCUGUGCCCAGUUCACCUUCAACUGAGAUGAGCACCACCAUUGAGAUACUGUCCACCUCUGAAGCCUCCACAGGUACAGAUGCAAUUCAGCCCUCCAAAAACACAGUGAUUGUACCUACCAUGAGAACACACUCUCCUGAGCCAUCCACAUUAUCAGGGAGGAGCCCCUCCUCUCCUACACCUGUGACCUCAGUUCUCACCCGUGGUCUGGGGAAGACCGAAGACAGAUUGGGUACAACCUUGGUAGCAGUGACCACGUUACCUCCAACUUUGAGUAGUCCCACAGUUGAGAUAAUUUCCACCUCUGAAUUCUCCAUAGAUACAGCGAAAAUUCUUCCUCCCCUAUACACAAUAAUGAGUACUGUGGGUUCCAGCAGUUCUGGACACGAACUAAGUUCCUCUGUCCCAAUUUUUCCUGAGUCCUCCAGCACCACAUAUCCUAUGGGUACUGCUUCCUCCGUGUAUGAGACCACUCCUUCCUCAUCAAUGCGUUCCUCCUUUGAGACGAAGACACUUUCCCAUCUGACUCCUAGACUGAAGGAGACAAGAAUAGCCUUGGAUUCCAGCUCAAGCACACUCACAAACACACCUUCAUCGCCUCUGUCCACUCAUGGUUUGAAGGGUCCCAGGACUGAUGCUACGUCUUCUGUGAAAGUAUCAGCACCAGAUCAGCCUCUGUCUACACAGUAUACUGACAUUCCAGUGGAAACAGUCACACGCUUUUACACUUCUCUCUCCAUUACAAGGUCUGCUGGCAUAACUGUCCCAGAAUCCAAUCUUUCUGUGCCUGUAUCAGAAAAUACACGUUACCUAAGCACAGAUAUGCUGUCUUCAGCUGAGACCAUUUUUGCUAAUAACACACUAACACCUUAUUUGUCAGAGCCCAUGGCUUCCUUUGCUACAUCUGGAGUUCCAGGUGCCAUUUCAGUUAGUCCAUUUUCUAGGACAGAAUCAGGCCCUGGGGAUGCUACUAUGCCCACCACUGCAGAGAGUCUACCUUCUUCAGCUUCAAUACCAUUCCCCUCUUUGACCUUCCGUACCACUGAUUCUUCAACCAGCCCACUCCCCCAUUGGAUUACUUCCUCACCAGCUACCCCAAGAAUAGUAGACACCAACCUUGAGGCAGAGAGCCAAAGCACUGCUGCAUUACCCUUGGUUACAGCCGGUACUUUGCAGACUUGGACGCAGCCAGUCAGGACAUCUUUACCACCCAUUACGGAUACCAGAAUGACAGAGAGUGUUGGUUUGGGAACAGUGACAAGUUCUUCUCAAGUUCUUCCACACUCAACCCAGUUGACAAGGACUGACGGCAUUGUGGAGCAUAUCACAAAGAUACCCAAUGAAGCAGCACAUGGAGACACCACCGUCCAUGUCCCCCUGGCAUCCACGUCUGCUAGUCUUAGAGGACUAUCAACAGGAGGGAAAGAGAGGGCAGAGACAACUGCCAUGGUUCUGAAGACCACUUCCACAGUGACUUUGACUACCAGAGUCUCUACUCCCACUUCAGGUAUGCUGUCUCUCCUUAGGACAUCAGAUAAAACAGCCAGCAUAAGCACAACAGGAAUGAUCAGCACAACCCCAGAUGUUCCAAAGAUGACAGCCUCAUUUGUCACCAGACCUGGAGACAAGACCAGCACAGUAGUUCCCAUGACAACCCCAUCUAUUUUCAAUAGAGGACCACAGACUACACCCUCACUGGUCCCUAGUUCUGGGGCAGAGACCAGUGCAGCUGUUCCAACUCUGACUGUUUCCUUUGGUGAGCCAGAGACCACAACCUCAUGGGUCACUCAUCCUGCAGAGACUAGCCCAACUGUUUCCAGGGCAAUCCUGAAUGUUUCUCAUAGUGAAUCAGACAGCACACCCCCAACAGCUACAAGUUCUGGGGAAGAAGUCAGUUCAGCUGUUCCAACUCCGACUGUCUCCCCUGAUGUACUGGGGGUGGUGACCUCACUGGUUACUAGUUCUGGGACAGAGACCAGCUCAGUUGAUCAAACUCUGACUGUUUCCCCUGGUUAUAACCAUCAGUACUGGAUCCCCACCACCAGCAGUGAGUAA